UCUGGCAAAGCUGCGAAGAAGGCUUCUACAGUGCAUUUACUUAAGGUGGACAAGAAGAAGAAGCAGAGGAGAAGGAAGGAGAGUUGUGCGAUCUACAUCUGCAAGGUGUUGCGUCAAGUGAAUCCUGGCACUGGUAUCUCCUCGAAGGCGAUGUCGAUCAUGAACUCGUUUGCGAACGAUAUUUUCGAGCGCAUUGACGCCGAGCGGUCAACCAUCAUGAGCAGAGAAAUCCAAACUGCUAUUCGUCUAUUACUGCCCGGUGAACUUGCAACGCACGCCGUUUCUGAGGGCACGAAUGCGGUGACCAAGCAAACUAGCGUCAAGUAA